CCUGUACAUGUAUAUAUAUCAGCCUAUGGCCUCGUGGGAAUACAAGUUGCAUAUUCCUAACAUGGUAUUAGAGCCUUAGGGUUUUUCCUUUGCACACGCAACUUGUGCUCCGUUCCAAUCCCUUGUCCACGCAGACGCCGGAUCUCGUUGCUGCUGCCCAAUCUGCUGCUGCUGCCGGAUCUCCUCCAGCUGCUUCCUCUCUCCCCACAGCCGGAUCUCCUCCUGCUGCUUCCUCUCUCCCCGCAGCCAGGUCUCCUCUAGUCUCCCGACGCAGUCAACGAUCUAGCUGCAAGGACUCCCCAUCGCCAGCUCCAACGACUUCAGAUGGAGUCGCUGCCAGGGCUGGAUCUCGUCGGAUCUUCCUGCCGGCCCUCCCUGCUGCUGCUGCUGUUCCGGUCUCCGCCGGAUCCCGGCGUCCCGUCGCCGUUCCCGUCGGCUCCCGCCGUCCCGUCGCCGUUCCAGCCGCCGCUGUCCCGCCGGAUCCUGCCGCCGGCCUCUGUUUCCGUCAGAUCUCGCCGCCGGACCUCCCUGCUGGCCCUCCCGCUCCAGUUUUCGCCGCCCCCAUCGCUGGAUCUCACUGGCCCUCUCCGUCUCUUUUGCUGCUACUGCUAUCGCGUGAUAGCUGCUUAGUCCGGGGACCGCAAAAAAAAAAAAAAGAAAAGAAAAGAAAAGAUGUUUCCCUCGGGUUUGCAUGUCCCUUGCUGCCUGAUGGCUCUUGCUGCUCCCGUCUCGCAUCUGGGUCGUUCCUCGACACUUGAUGCUCGUUCGUUUGUAUCGCCGUCCCUUUCGGCGUCUUCCGCAGGCUGUGGUGGUAGCUUUACUGCUGCUCCUCCUGCGAGCUUCACAGAUGAUGAUUGUCGCUAUUCCUCGACACGUCUCGCGACUUUCAUCGGUUGUACUGGUGCACAUGACUCCAUCGACUGUGCUUCGCACACGCGUCUACCCUUGGCGCUUGUCUGCAUACGGCCUCGUCUUCACCACCGGCCUUUGCAGACG